CUGGCGGAGUUGGAUAGAACGUUCUCUCAAAUGCUCGAAACGAGGAGAAGGAGAUGCAAGCUCUUGUCGAGUCCCAGCUUUCGCCUGGAAGAACAAGAACAAGAACAAUCCUCCCGGAAGCCGAUGGUACAAGGAACGAAGAGAACAGGAUGGAUUCGGCAAGCUAUGGAAGACUUUUGCGAGAAUGCGGCUUCUCAAAGUCACUCUCUAAAGGCAUGGAGAUCCACAAGAAGCUAGCCGAGUCUGGAGUGGACAAAGACACAUAUCUGGGGAACAACUUGAUCCAAAUGUAUGGGAACUGUGGCUGCGUGGGCAAAGCUCGAGAGAUCUUUGACAAGCUCAUCGACAGGAACGUUUACUCGUGGACCAUCAUGCUCUCGGCUUAUGCCCAGAACGGGCAUUACAGUGAGGCAUUGGUUCUAAGCUACCAGAUGGACUUGGAAGGUAUCAGGCCAAACUCCGUCACCUUUCUAUGGAUCCUUGGAGCUUGCUCGAACUUGGGCGACGUAGAAACCGGCAGGAAGAUCCAUGCAAGGAUGGUGUUUCUCGGCUGGGACACCGACACCGUCGUAAGCACUGCGAUCCUAGGAAUGUAUAGCAAGUGUGAGAAGCUCGGCGAUGCGAAGAAGGUCUUCGAUUCCUUGAGGAGAAAGGAUGUAGUUUCAUGGACUGCCAUCAUCACGGCCUUUUCCCAGCUCGGUCGUCCAAGAGUAGCGCUCGAGCUCUUCUGGGAGAUGGAUCUUGAUGGUGUCAAGCCCAACGAGAGCACCUUUGUCAACAUUUUAGCGGCGUGUACUUACAUGGACGCGUUGGAAGAUGGAGAUAAGCUCUACAAGAGGGCCAUCUCUUGCGGCUAUGGCGCGGAUGUUUUCGUGGGGAGCACAGCCGUGACCAUGUAUUCUCGGUUUGGAAACCUGGUGGAGGCCAAGGCAGCGUUUGAUCAUCUGCGAGAGAAGAGCACUGGAUCCUGGAACGCCAUCGUUCGUGCUUACAUCCAACACGGCCAUAUCUCGCAAGCUAUAAGCCUGUACAAGGAGAUGGACGUGCAUGGUGCCGAGCCGGAUACUUUCACGCACGUCUGCCUCUUGGGAGCUUGCUCCAGUCUUGGAGCGCUGGAAGAAGGCGAGAGAAUCCACGCAAGGAUGGGAGACAAGCCGGAUGGACUCGCUGGCUCGGCUAUCGUCGCCAUGUACGCAAAGUGUGGAGGGAUCGAGCACGCCAUGACCGCCUUCACGAAGAUGAGCUCCAGCAACGUGGUCGUCUGGAACGCACUGAUAGCCGGCUACGUCCAAGGCGAGCACUGGCAGGAAGCUCUGGAUUUGUAUCACGCGAUGAACUUGGAGGGACUGGAGGCGGAUAUCUACACUUUCUCCAGCGUUCUUGGAGCUUGCUCUGGAGCGAAAGAUCUCAGCGAGGGGCGGGCAGUCCACGCGAGGAUAGUUUCCGGGGGCUUGGAAGUGGUGGUACCGCUGCAAAACGGGCUCGUCAACAUGUUUGCGAAGUGUGGGAGCUUGACGCUGGCGCUGGAGAUGUUCCGCGGCAUGGCUUCCAGGAACACCGUGUCGUGGAACAGCAUGGUGACGGCAUUUUGUCAGCAUGGCGAAGGCGGUGGAGCUUUCGAGCUCUUCAAGGAGAUGCUGCUCGAGGGAGCCGAGCCACACGAGCAGACUUUCACGAGCAUCCUAAACUUUUGCAGCCACUCGGGUCUCCUGCAAGAUGGAUUCGGCUACUUCUUCGACAUGGUGGAUGAGUUUGGGAUUGCUCCGGUCGACGAGCACUACAGGUGUGUGAUCGAUCUGCUGGGAAGGACUGGACACAUCGCAGCGGCUGAGAAAAUGGUGGAGCAUGCGUUUCCCGGCAGCGUUAUCGCGUGGACGAGCCUCCUGGCGGCUUGCAGAACUUACAGGAAUGUGGAAAUCGCUGCUCGAGCUACGGAGGAGCUCAUGAGAGUGAGACCAGAGAAUCCGGCACCACUCGUUCAGCUGGCAAAUCUCUGUGCCGAGGCGGGAAGAUGGGAUGCAGUGGAGAGAGUGAAGCGGAUGAUGGAGGAGCAUAGAAAAGCUCGGGCUUGAGUUGAUUCGAUCAAACCAAGUCAGUUAAACGUCAGGAAGAUCUCUCAGUCACAAGGUGGAAAACUCGCUUUUUUCUUCGACUUGGUGAAGGUUUUGAUAAUUUCGCGUUGUCAUUGCUAUCAAAGAAGAUUUUUUAUCUUA